UCAGGACGAUCCAGUGUGCAGGUCAAAAAGCAUUUUCAUACCAAAACUGACUAACAGACAAAAUCAAGAGCAGUUUAAAUUAAAGGAAUGGUGAAGAAUAAGAUGAAACACAGAUACAGAAAAUUGCAACGCAAAUACGGAAAAUCAUGUCCUCCUCCAUUUGCGAUGAUCCACUUAGGGUUUCUAUAACAAACUUGAGUCAUCAAUCAACACAAGAUGAAACAAGUCAUUACCAGCAUGGUAUUCCUGGAAUUCCCACUGAUGGUAAAGUUGUUCUACUCAAGAAUUCCAACAAUGGGGCUCAAAUCUAUCUUGUUGGAACUGUUCAUAUUCGGAAAGAGAGUGCUGAGAUUGUCAAGAAGGUGAUCGAUAAUGUAACGCCUGAUGUUGUUGCGGUUGAGCUGUGCAAGGGACGAGCGGAUGGGCUCAUGAAUUGGAAACCUGAAGAUGAUACAUUAUAUAAGUUGUUCUGCAGAUCCAUGAGAUCUCCAGGUGGACUAUGCAUGAAGGUGGUUAACUUUAUUGUAAGUUGUUGGUAUUGCCGGUUGCACGCAGGUGGUAUAUUUCCUGGCCUGGAGUUCAAGGUUGCAAUGGAAGAAUCUUCUAGAGUGGGAGCAAGAUGUUCCUACAUUGAUCAAGAUCACGAUGUUACGCUUCAACAGUUAUCUAAAGUAUCCUCUUAUGGCUUGCUUUGGAAGGCAUAUACUAGACUUAGGGAUGAAGUCAAGAAAUCCCGCCAAGUGAUCAAGCACCAUUCUGACAUCGUAAAUGGACAAUACACAAGAUCCAAUGUGCAAGAAAUUGUUAACAUUCUGAAAAUUAUUUGUCCCGAGAUUACAGAGGUGAUAAUUGAAGAUAGAGACAAGUUUAUGUUUACGAACCUUAGAAGUUUUCAAGGAAAAGUUGUAGCAGUGGUUGGGAUGGGUCACAUGGAUGGAAUUGAACUAUUGUGGAAGCUGGCGGAGGAGGAUGACAUUGACUGA